AUGAACGGUCUCGAAAUCUCGCCCUUCAUCGCCGCCCUCCCCAAGGUCGAGCUACACAUCCACAUCGAGGGUACCCUUCUCCCCGCCCUCCGGUGGAAGCUCGCCAAGCGCAACAAUUUGCCCCUGCCGUACGACACCUACGAUGCGCUCUUAGAAUCCUACAAGGUCUUUUUCAACCACCGCCCGGAAAUCAAUGGCCGUGUUCCCGGCAUUCCGACAUUCCUGGAGGCCUACUUCGCCGGCUGCGAGGUCCUCCGAACGGAAGAUGACUUUUACGAGAUGUCCAUGGACUACCUCCGCAGGUGCGCCGAGAUGAACGUCCGCUACACCGAGCCCUUCUUCGACAUCCAGGCGCACACCCGCCGGGGCGUCCCCGCCGCGGAUGUGCUCAACGGCUAUCUCCGAGCCCAACGCAACGGCGCGGAGCGGUACGGCGUGCGGUCCAACUGGAUCUUCUGCUUCAUUCGCGACGAGAGCGUCGAGGACGGCGAGGCGGCGUAUCAGACGUCGAGGCCAUGGGCGGGCGGCGGUGUUGAGGGUGGCAAGGGCCUCUUCCACGCCGUUGGGCUUGCGAGCAACGCGUUCAAACGACCCCCGAUGCUCUUCGAGGCAGCGUUCAAGAAGGCCAAGGCCGAUGGUUUGCACGUGACGAUGCAUUGCGACUUUGGGCAAAAGGAUACCUUCGAGCACGUCCGCGAGGCCAUCUUCGAGGUAUGUGGCGGGGCGGGCGCGGAGCGCAUCGACCACGGCCUGGACGCCGCGGACCGCGACGAGCUGCUGCAGGGCCUGCUGGAUCGGGGCAUCGGGCUGACCCUGUGCCCCCACGCGUAUCAUCGUCGCACGCCGACGCAUGUGUUGUUCCCCAAGAUUCGAAAGCUGUGGGAGAAGGGCGUCAAGUUCUGCAUCAACAGUGAUGACCCCGUGUACAUGCACGAUGUAUGGGUGGACGGGAACAUGCAGAAGGCGUACACCUACUGUAACUUCACCAAGAAGGAUAUGGUGACGCUAGCACGGAAUGCAGUGGACAUGUGUUGGGCAGGUGAUGAGGUCAAACAGGAACUUUACCGAGAACUCGACGCGAUCAACACGUCCGAGUAA